GCAGAAGGUUGCGGCAUGACACGCGUGUAGAGGAAGUGCAGUGACAGGUCUGGAGCAGCAGCCGCUCAUCACAGAACCGGCUAAACUGUGCUUUAUUUAUUCACGUUGAAAUGUCGUGGCUAUUCGGCUUGAACAAGGGGCAGCCUGAGGGGCCUCCUGGUCUCCCGGUUCAGCCUUCACCGCCGGCUGGAGGCUCCGGCGGCGGCGGAGAUAAACCCAAGGACAAAUGGAGCAACUUCGAUCCCACCGGGCUAGAGCGAGCUGCUCAUGCGGCCAAGGAGCUCGACAAGUCCCGACAUGCCAAAGAGGCUCUGGAUUUGUCUCGAAUGCAGGAGCAGACCACUCAGAUGGAGCAUCAGAGCAAAAUGAAGGAGUAUGAAGCAGCAGUUGAGCAGCUCAAAGGCGACCAGAUACGAAUCCAGGCGGAUGAGAGGAGGAAAACUAUUAAUGAGGAGACCAGGCAGCAUCAAGCGAGAGCUCAGUUUCAAGAUAAGCUGGCCAGACAGCGAUAUGAGGACCAACUAAGGCAACAGCAAGCGCUGAAUGAGGACAACCUUCGCAAACAGGAGGAGUCUGUGCAGAAACAAGAGUUCAUGAGGAAAGCGACAAUAGAGCAUGAGAUGGAGCUGAGGCACAAGAAUGAGCUCCUGCGUAUCGAGGCUGAGACUAAAGCACGAGCCCGUGUGGAGCGAGAGAACGCCGACAUAAUCCGCGAGCAAAUCCGUUUGAAGGCUGCAGAACACAGACAGACGGUCCUGGAGUCCAUAAAGACUGCAGGUGCUGUGUUUGGAGAAGGAUUCAGGGCCUUUGUGUCAGACUGGGACAAAGUGACAGCCACGGUGGCAGGACUGACCCUUUUAGCUGUGGGAGUUUAUUCCGCCCGAAGUGCCACAGCGGUGGCGGGACGUUACAUUGAGGCCAGGCUCGGGAAGCCGUCACUGGUGCGGGAAACGUCCCGGUUCACUGUCGCAGAGGCAAUCAAGCAUCCCGUCAAGAUGACCAAACGGCUGAGGAGCAAACCUCAGGAUGCCCUCGAGGGAGUUGUGCUCAGUCCUUCCCUGGAAGAGCGUGUACGUGAUAUCGCCAUAGCAACAAGAAACACGAGGCAGAACAACGGCCUCUACAGGAAUAUCCUCAUGUAUGGCCCUCCAGGCACAGGCAAAACUCUCUUUGCUAAGAAGCUGGCAGUGCAUUCUGGGAUGGACUAUGCAAUUAUGACUGGCGGUGACGUGGCACCCAUGGGCCGUGAUGGUGUGACAGCCAUGCACAAAGUGUUUGACUGGGCUGGUACAAGUCGGCGCGGACUUCUUCUUUUUGUUGAUGAAGCUGAUGCAUUCCUUCGCAAGAGAUCCACCGAGAAGAUCAGUGAGGACCUUAGAGCCACUUUGAACGCAUUCUUGUAUCGUACCGGAGAGCAGAGCAGCAAGUUCAUGCUGGUGUUGGCCAGUAACCAACCAGAGCAGUUUGACUGGGCCAUAAACGAUCGUAUAGACGAAAUAGUGAAUUUUGCUCUGCCUGGUCCUGAUGAGAGGGAGAGGCUGGUGCGGUUGUACUUUGACAAAUAUGUGUUGGAACCUGCCACAGGAGGGAGGCAGAGGAUGAAGCUGGCACAGUUUGACUAUGGUCAAAAGUGCUCUGACAUAGCAAAGCGGACAGAAGGCAUGUCAGGAAGAGAGAUCUCUAAGCUGGGUGUGGCCUGGCAGGCAGCAGCAUAUUCCUCUGAAGAUGGCGUCCUGACAGAGGCCAUGAUUGAUGCUCGAGUUGAUGACGCUUUCAAGCAACACCUUCAGAAGAUGGACUGGCUGCAUGGAGACGAGGUGACUCAUGGCACGACCCUUACACCUCACCCAGCUGGAGCGACAGCCAGUGGAGGCAAAAUGGGCUUCAAUCUGCCCCUCAGUCAGGCACCUGAGGCACAGGAGGUGAUCGCCCCAGUCCUUGAGGUCAAAAUGAAACAAGAAGGUGAAAGUCUAUCACCUCCUUCAAACAUCAACAACCAGUCAGCAGAAGGCAAAAGUGCCACCCCAGCUGGACAGGACUGUGAAGAUGCUGCCAAAGCAGAGGCUGCGACAGAAGCGAAGAGUCUAGCCAAGCCUGCUGCCCCCACUGACGGCAAGAUGGCAAAGGAAGACAAAACUGGAUCUUCUCCUCCUAAGGAUGGAACUCCAGUUUAAGAUGUAGAUGCAGAGUGGCCCGGAUUAGAAAGAUUAGUGUCCUGUCUCUUUAACUAGUCUGUUAGUUUAUGUCUGAAAGACUUGGUGACAGAGGAUGAGUUCAGCAGGUCGGGGCAGAUAAUCAAUUAACUUAACAAAACACAAAUAACGCCUGAGACUCUUUGAUUCUCAUCAUGUAUACAUUGUAAAAGUGUACUUUACAGACUGUGUGUCUGUAUUUAACAGUAUAUAAGUGUUGUGCACAUUGUGUCUCUGUUGAAAUGAUUAAAUAGAUUUGUGUUUUUAUAAA